UUUUUUGGAAUGGAAACAGUGAAGUUAAUAGGUACUCCUUUUAGUUUUUUCACAUAUAGAGUUAUUUGGGCAUUAAAGCUAAAGGGAAUAAAUUAUGAGUACAUAGAUGAAGACAUGUCCAAAAAAAGUCCUUUGCUUGUACAAUACAAUCCAAUUCACAAGAAAGUCCCUGUGUUAAUCCAUGGUGACAAGACAAUUUGUGAGUCUAUGGUCAUCGUCGAAUACAUCAACGAGACGUGGCAACUGAAUCCAUUACUUUCAACUGAUUCAUAUGAACGAGCCACAUCUCGAUUUUGGGCUAAAUAUAUUGAAGAAAAGUCACAUAAUACAUGGAAUGUGUUUUGCAACACUGGAGAAAAGCAACAAAAUGCUAUAAAGGAGAGCCUUGAAAUGUUUAAAACCAUAGAGGAAAAUGUUUUGGGAGAAAACAAUAUAUUAUUUGGUGGUGAAAAUAUUGGACUUGUUGACAUAGCUUUUGGAGGUUAUUCUCAUUGGAUGGAAAUUAUUGAAGAAAUUGUUGGAGUUAAAUUACUUGAUCCUCACAAUUUUCCUCGUAUUAACAAAUGGAUUAAAAACUUCAAAGAAGUUAAAGCAAUCAAAGAUAAUUUACCUAAUCGUGAUGAGAUGUUUGUGUACAUGAAAAAUGCUAGGGAAAGGAUGUUAGCAUCUCCGUAACGAGGCAGGUUCGAGCUCUGAGUAUAGAAUCGUCUUUGUUAGGUAGAGAACGCUUUAUAUCUCUCGAUGAGACUUUUCGGUGAGGCAUGAUAUAGUUGGGCUCUAGGAUGAAUCUAGUGUGUUAAUGGUUAUGGGUUCAUGCUGCUUAGACCAUGUAUUUCAAAUAAAUGUAUAAGAAU